AAUUAAGCAGUAAGUAGGAAGAAAGAACAUGGAAGCUCCAAAACCCCUUUCACGUUGUCUCCCACAUUCACAUUCAAAGAGAAAAGACAUGCAGCAAAAGAAAGAGAGAGAAAAAAAAACACGAAGAAACAAAGAGAAAGCAAAGAAUUUGAAAUAACACACAGAAACACUCCAACACAGAUUCCAUAUACCAUGCCAUCUAUCUCAAUAUCUCACACCCCUUCCCAAAAAACCAACCCUCUCUUUCUAGUUUCUUCUUCUUCUUCUUCUUCUUCUUCUUCUUCUUCUUCUUCUUCACCAGUCACGUGCAUGCAUGCAUGCAUGGCACAAGAACGCAACACCAACUGCUGCAGGUGCUGUUUCGGCACCCUCCUCUCCCUUGGCCUCACCGCGGCCUUCCUCUGGCUCACCCUCCGCACCUCUCCCCCCAAAUGCACCCUCCAAUCCCUCUACCUCCCUUCCUUCACCUCCCCCCACCACAAAAACGACACCCUCUUCUUCAACCUCUCCCUCCAAAACGACAACAAGGACAAAUCCAUCAAAUAUGGUGCUGUCCUUUUCACCUUCGCGAUCUUCCUCGAUAAUAUCACCACGCGGCCCCUCGCGAAUGCGACCCUGGAGCCCUUCUACCAGGGCCGCAGCAAGACCGCGCGCAAGUGGGGCUCCGCCAGAGUCCCACGCGACGGCAGAGCGAUAGCGACAGCGAAUCGCUCUGCCGACGCCACGGUGAGGAAUAACGGGAAGGUGUUCGUGCGCGUGGAGUUUAGGACUAGGGUGAGGUAUAAGAUAUGGACGCUGUUUUAUGUUAAACGGCAGCGUUUGGUUGGUGGGGCGAAUGUGGAGGUGAAUGCUAGCUCCGGGGAGAAGGUCGAGCCUAAGGGGAUUAGGCUUGGGGAAAUGCCGCCUAGGCUCGGGUCCCAAGCUGCCAAGGCUCGGAGUUGCUAUGUGGCGUUUCUCGGAGUUUUGGUUACUGGAUUGUUUCUCACUGCGUUUACUUGAAUUGAUGACUAUUCAUUAUUGAGUAUUAUUUUACUAUUAUUGUUGUUGUUGGUUUUUUUUUGGGUUAAAUUGGUUUUUGGUAGUAUUUGGAUGGAUGUGUUCAUUGUUUUGUUCUGUAUUUGUUGAGUUCCCAAAUAGGAGAUGUAUAACACGCGUAACAGGUCAAUUUUCGAUCGAUCAGUGAGAUGAUGAAAAUUUCAGCUUA